GGCUUCACUCAGAAUGGCCCCAUAUUUCAAGCCAAGAUCAAGGGCUUUGCUCAGGACCUCCAUGAGCGCGUACUAGCCGACUUUGCCCAAACCUACCCAGCCGGUGUGGAGUUCUACACUCCUACUGCGCCAACAAAGCUGGUCGUCGGUGGUCAACCGACAGCUCCGAUUGACAUGCGUGCUUGGAAGUCCGACCUUGACGCUCACUCCAGACUCGAAGAACUUGAAAUGAAUUUCGACUUCUUCUCUGACUACAUCCGCGAGCAUGGUCCUUUUGAUGGCAUUGUUGGCUUCUCACAAGGUGCUGGUUUCGCCAUGAUGCUCGCUGCCUGGUGUAGUGGAGACGAGGACCGGCUUUCCAACCUUGCGGCGCAAGGUCAUCCUAUUCGCAUGCCAGCACCUCAAGGGCCGUUCCAAUGGGCAGUCCUCGCUUCAGCAGCCUGCAUGGCGCACGAUUUGUACUGGGGUUUCUACGAGCCAAAGAUUAAGACGCCUUCCCUCCAUAUCCAUGCAGAUCUCGACACAAUCACGGAUCGUGGAAUGUCCCAGCAGCUGGUCGAUGCCUGCGUCGACGCUGAAGAGGCGUGCCAUGGCGGAACUCAUUACUGGCCCAAAGACGCUCAAACGACCACUACAAUGUUGGACUUCGUU